AUGACAGACCCAGACCUCAACAAUAAGCUCGACAGACUACUCACUCUAUUGGAAGCACAGCUAGAGCUUACCAGACAGGGUCAUCGAGAGGAACGAUUACAACGAGCUCAACUGAGCAGGGAGGAGACAAUGGACCUCUCUCACUCAGAAGACCAAGCAGGAGGAGGAGAUGAGUCUAUGAUAGGAGACCCACAUACUCCUACUCCAGCUCCACAACCAAGACGAUCAGUCUCAUUCAACCUGGAUGAGCAGGAGGACAUCAACUAUGAGAAGUAUGCUUCACCUACUGGGCCAAGAUAUGUCAAGACUAAGGUGGACCCCUACAGCAGGACUAGGACGGACCCUUACCCCCUGGACCAUGAGGAGGACACCAGCAUCAUGGCAGAGCUUAACUGGUCAAAGCCCAUUGCCACCCCCUUCCCAAAGUUCAAUCCCCGAGACAUGGAGAUCUUCAUUCUAGAAGCCGAAGCAUGGUUUAAGUUCAACCAGGUGUAUGAGCAGUCUAGGAUGAUCAACCACAUGGGUGCUCAACUUGAAGGGACAGCAAGAGAGUGGUGGACCUCCAAGCUCUGUAUUGAUAGAGCUAGAGAAGGAAGGUUGUUCAAUGAUUGGCACUACUUCACAGAGCAACUGUCAGAACAGUUCAACCCACACAAUGCUAGGAUGGAGGCAUACAACAAGCUGUUGGCUCUCAGACUCACAAGUGAUGCUCCUGGUGCUGCCACACGUCAUGUAGAGCGGUUCAGAGACUUGGAGGGACAGGUCAACCUAGAUGACAACGAGCUAGUGAUUGAUCUCUUCAGAGGAAGUCUCACUCGCAGCAUACAGGAGAAGUUCGAGAGGAAUCCACCUGGGAAGAGAUGGGAGUGGUACCGAGAGGUUGAGGAGAUCGAUCGACAGAGGAUGCUACUACAGCAGUCCUCGGCUAGACACUCACUCCCAAAUGCCACGUCACCUCCACUAAGAACUGGGUCUUGGCCAAAUCAAAGUUCGAUCCCCAUCCGACAACCCACUCAACCUUAUCCAUCUCGAUCACCAUUACAAGCAACUACACAAGCAACUAUACAAAACCUAAACCGACCCCUUCCUCAUCAUCCCACCCAACCCUCGAAGCAAGGAAGCCCUGCUCCAUCAGGUAUCAACACCUGUCAUGUAUGCAAGGGUAUCGGCCAUUGGGCCAGAGACUGCCCCAGCAGGAGGGUAGACCCUCUUAGCUCUCGACCCAUGGGACCAAAGGUUAUGGUCACCACAGCAGACCCCUUCGAGGAGGCCACCGACUCAGGAGAUGGCCACACAGGCAGUACUGAGAUGGGUGACCCCGAGGCCAUGGACCUCAGCUCAUACCAGCAACCCAUGGACCUUGACCAUGAGGAGGAGGAGCAUGAUGAUGAUGACAAUGAGGGAAACUCUCAGAUUCUUUCAUUAGUAUCUAUUGGUACACACAAUCUGGGUGUGGUCGAAGCUUCAGUGGCCGACACUGCGGACUAUGACCUCAUCCUGGGGUUCACUGAGCUACGGAGGCUCAAACCCACCAUACAAUGGGAUACGGGCCAGCUGGAGUUCAAGACUCAGGAGCAGGACCGACCCCCUAGGAGACCCCCUGAAGCAGCAAGAGCAGGGGACCUAACCAUGAGGAGACCAACCCUUCAUGGUAACGAGUUUGUCUCAGCAGAGCGCAUACUACGAGCAGCUCUGGAAGAUGGACCCAUAGGAUUCAUGCUGUUGGAGGAGCCACCAUCAUCACUCCCAGCCUUUGGUUUUGUACCUACAGGCACAGACAAAGGAGUCGAGAUGGAGGUGGAGGUAGACAAGGUGGUGAUGGCUGCAGACAUACCAAAGCCAUACCAACACCUGCAAGAUGUGUUUGAUGAGGUGGAAGCAGACAAGCUGCCCCAUCAUACCGAGCAUGAUCUCCACCUCAAGUUGAUAGAAGGAGGUAAGCCACCUCAAGGGCCCCUAUACCUUAAGGGACCCAAGGAGAUGUCCGAGUUGAGGAGGUACUUGGAUGAGAACCUCGAGAAGGGGUUCAUAAGACCAUCGAAGAGCCCAGCACAAUCACCAGUGCUCUUCGUACCAAAGAAGGAUGGAGGUCUCAGACUCUGUGUGGACUACAGAGGUCUCAACGAGAUCACUGUCAAGAACAGGGCACCAUUGCCCCUCAUCAAGGAGCAGCUGUUCUUACUCAGGAAGGCAAGGAUCUAUACCAAGCUAGACCUUAGAGCAGCAUACAACCUCAUCCGGAUUGCUAAAGGAGAUGAAUGGAAGACAGCUUUUGGCACUCAGUUGGGACUCUAUGAGUACCUAGUGAUGCCCUUUGGCCUAGCCAAUGCUCUGGCUCACUUCCAGUCAUUCAUCAAUGACAUCUUCCGAGACAUCAUUGGGAUAUAUGUGGUAGUAUACCUAGAUGACUUCCUGAUCUUCAGUGACACUGAAGAAGCACAUGUGAAGCAUGUCACUGAGGUCCUCACUCGCUUAAGGAGCAACAGGCUCUUUGCUAAGCUGUCGAAGUGUGAGUUCCACACCAAGACAGUCGAGUUCCUGGGGUACAUCAUCAAGCCAACGGGCAUAGAGAUGGACCCAGAAAAGGUGCGCACUGUCAAGGAGUGGCCAAUGCCGGAGUCAAUCCAUGACAUCCAGAGGUUCCUGGGUUUUGCCAACUUCUAUCGAAGGUUCAUAGCCCACUUUGCUCGCAUAGCCAAGCCCUUGACAGCACUGGUAAAGCCUAUAGAAUGGUUCAAGAAGUUCGAACUACCAGAGGAGGCCCAACAGGCCUUCCACAAGCUCAUCCAGGCCUUCACAUCAGCAGGAGUGCUUCAGCAUUUCGACUACCACCUUCCAACAAGGUUGGAGACUGAUGCAAGUGACUUUGCUAUAGCAGGAGUACUCAAGCAGGAGCAUGAAGGACGAUGGCAUCCAGUGACCUUCUACUCUAGGAAGAUGUCUUCUGCUGAGAAGAACUAUGAAAUCCAUGACAAGGAGCUCCUAGCUGUGGUCGCCUGCCUUACUCAGUGGCGACACAUGCUAGCUGGACUACCCAGUCAACUGGUCAUCCUCACUGACCAUGAAGCCCUCAAGUAUUUCAAGUCACAGAGACGCAUCACAGGUCGACAGGCUCGAUGGGCCAUACUACUAGCAGACUUCGACUUCAUAUUGCAGUAUCGACCAGGAGACAAAGGUGGUGAACCCGAUGCUCUCACCAGAAGGACAGACAUGCAACCAGCUGGUGAAGAGCAGGAUCACAAUGUGAGGCAACUACUGCCUCCUCGAGUGUUCAAGGAGACAGCAGACCAUGACUCGACCCUAGUGGCCCCUAUGCUCUCGAUGGAGUCCAUAGCAUCAAAAGGUCUCAAAGACCUGGUCAAGAUCUUCCAGCCCUUAGACCAAGAGCUACAGGAGAUACAUAGGAAGAAGCCCUUCGAACUCAAGGACGACCUAUGGUACAGUGGAGGAAGUGCCAAAGAGGUAGAUGGACAGUCCCUCUCUGUAGAACAUCUGCGAUUCAUGGUGAUGACCCAAUGCCAUGAUGGUAUCACUGCUGGACAUGUGGGAAGAGAUGCUACCAUCAAGGCAGCUCAACGACAUUACUGGUGGCCAAACAUGACAGCUUGGAUUGCAGACUAUGUAGCAAGUUGUCCUGUAUGUGCUAGGUACAAAGCUCCUCAUCAUCGUCCAUAUGGUUUGCUACAGCCACUAGCAACACCAGACAGGCCCUGGGGCUCCAUAUCCCUCGACUUCAUUGAAGGACUACCACCAUCGAAGAAGUAUGACUCCAAGACUUAUGACUCUAUCUUAGUCAUUGUCGACAGGUUGACCAAGUUUGCCAUACUAGCUCCAACCCAUAAGACAGUCACGGCCAAACAGACUGCAGUGUUGCUAUAUGGACACAUGGUUAGACUCUUCGGAUACCCAGAUCACAUGGUCUCAGACCGAGGCAGGCAGUUCAUAUCAGGAGCAUGGAAGGCAUUUGCAGAGCAAAUGGGUGUGAAGCACUCACUUAGCACGGCUUACCAUCCUCAAACUGAUGGUCAGACAGAGAGGGUCAAUCAGGUCAUAGAGCAAUACCUCAGGAUGUACUGUAACUAUGAGCAGAAUGACUGGGCCGACCUGCUGGACACUGCAGCCUUUGUAUACAACAACACGGUCCACAACAGCAUUGGUGUCUCACCAUUCUUUGCAUGCUAUGGAUGGAACCCCAAAGCUCAUCCUGACAUCCCUCAACGACUAGGAGUCAAUGAUCCAGGUUGCUUCGAGUACCUCAUGGAUGGAAAGGAGCGUUGCAAGUACCUCCAGGAGCAGAUCAGAGAGGCACAACGGAGAUCAGUAGACCAGUAUAACAGGAAGCACAAGGACAUUGAGUUUAAGGUGGGUGAUAUGGUCUAUAUCAACCGUCGAAACUGGAAGACACGGAGACCCACACCCAAGUUAGAUACCCGGUUUGCAGGACCCUACCCAGUUCAGGAAUGGGUAGGACGCCGAGCUUAUCGAAUCACAUUGCCAGCAAACCUUAGGGUGCAUGAUGUGUUCCAUGUCUCCAUGCUCGAGCCAGCAAGAACAAGUUCUCUUCCUCAACGUGCUGAACAGCCCACCAUACCAUCACUUCCAGAUGAGGACCUCGACUUUGAAGUCGAAGCACUCAUCGACAAGCAUUCACACAAUGGGACUACAGAGUACAAAGUGUUGUGGAGAGGGUACUCAGAAGAAGCUGCUUCAUGGGAACCAGUAGAGAACCUCAACUGCCCCGACCUCAUCCAGGAGUAUGAGGUGUCGGAGGGGGGACGAGUGAGUAGACAAAGUAGAGAAAGGAGGAGAGAACAGGAGGAGUAG